CGUUUAACUUUGCCUUUGGUGAGGGAGCAACGAUGUCGUCUGUCUGGUCGUUCUUCAAAGUGUCUGAAGAGGAUCCUCGAUAUGCUGUAUGCAAUAAUUGUGAGGGCCGGGUGAUGCGAGGGGGAGUUCGUGUCAAAUCGUUCAACACGACCAAUUUGAUCACCCACUUAAAAAACAAGCAUCCCGAAGCAUACACAGAAUAUGAAAAACUAGCUAAUGCUAACAAGCAGCAGAAGAAAAAUGCUUAUAACACUACAGCAGCUGCACCAGUCGGUAGCCCCAUAGAACGCUUGUUGGAAAAGAACAAGAAAUUCCACAAGGACCACCCGAAGCAAAAGGCAUUGACCAUGGCAAUAACAAAGAUGAUCGCUGUUGAUGACCAACCGUUUUCAGUAGUGGAAGACGAAGGCUUCAGAGAGAUGCUUGAGGUCGCUGAGCCCCGCUAUGACAAGCCAAGUCGUCGUUACUUUGCGGAUGUCGCCCUGCCUGCCUUACAUGAUAUCGUAGCCACCCACGUCCACAAGUUACUCGACAGCGAUGCUAAUGACAUCAGUUUUACAACAGAUAUCUGGAGUUCCGACCUUAACCAAACAAGCAUGUUGAGCCUCACAGCUCAGUGGAUUAAUAACAACUUCGAGAUGAAGAGAGCCGUGUUACAUGCCCAAGAAUUCCCUGGCUCGCAUACAGGUACCGCCAUAGCCAGUGCGUUUGAGGGCAUGUUUACAGAAUGGAGAAUCCGGAAAGAAAAUGUGCACGUUGUCCUUCGAGACAACGCACGAAAUAUGGUGAAGGCGAUGGAGGAGUGUGGUGUUAAAAGCCUGGGCUGUAUGGCUCAUCUGGGGCAGUUAGCAGUGCACGAUGCAGUACUAAGCCAGCGAAGCGUUGUUGACUCUUUGGCUAUAGCGAGAAAAAUAGUCGGACAUUUUAAAAGCUCCCCCCUUGGUACCUCUCGGCUGAGAGACAUCCAGAGAGAGAUGGGAAUGAAGACCAAGAUGCUACAACAGGACGUCCCAACGCGCUGGAACAGUACAUUCCUGAUGAUGACAACUCUCCUGGAACAAAAGCGCGCACUGGUUAUGUACGAGGCUUACCACGGGCUGCCUGUAUCUCUCAACGCAAACCAGUGGAGUCUCAUUGAGAAAAUGACCACACUCCUGGCACCCUUUGAAGAGUUGACGAGAGAGAUUAGCUCGCAUACAGCUACAGCUGCUGACGUGAUCCCGUCUGUUGUGGCACUCAAGCGUUUUCUGAACAAGACAGCCGAAACCGACAGUGGGGUCAAAACGACCAAGUCUGCACUGCUUGAAGCCAUGAACAAGAGAUUUGAAACCACUUUCUCCGAGCAACUCUACUACUUGGCAACAAUCCUGGACCCCAGAUACAAAGAUCGCUACUUUGAUGCAGAUCUCAAGCAAGUGGCAAAAAACAAGCUAGAGAAAGAAGUGGACAAGAUGACAGUGUCAGCGACAACCAGCGCCAGUGCCACAUUUGGGCCUACACCAGACACAGAAGACACUGAGCCAGAAGAAGGUGAACCACAAGAAAAGAGGAUGUGUACACCAAGUGAAGGGCAUUCGUUCCUGGACAUGUUCGAUGAAAUUCUGGAGGAAAAGGAGCAGGAUGAACAGGCAACAGGUUCAACGAGUGUGCAGGUGCAUGGUUACCUGAGUGAGCCCACCAUCCCCAGAAAUGUGAGCCCGCUGCAGUACUGGCAAAGCAACAUGACCCGCUUCCCUGCCCUCGCCCCAAUGGCACGCAAGUACCUUUCAGCUCCCUGUACAAGCGUGGAAAGUGAACGUCUCUUCUCCGGCGCUUCAAAUGUUGUCAGUGAAAAGAGAAAUAGGAUCGGUACAGAGAGAGCAGAAAUGCUCCUGUUUGUUAAGCACAACAUUUGUCUGCUUCCAAAGCCCGGGAAGGCCAAGGGUUAG